AUGGCAAAACGAACCUUCUUCUUCUAUUUGGAUUUUAUCUUCAAGUUCACCGUUCAAAAUCGUCAAGCUAAAGUCUCCGUCGUCCCCUCCGUUACAGCUCUAGUCAUCAAAACCUUGAAGGAGCCGGAACGCGAUCGCAAGAAGGUGAAAAACAUCAAGCACUCCGACAACAUAUCGCUAGACGAUGUCAUCGAGAUUGCGAAGGUGAUGAGGAUGAGGUCAAUGGUGAAGGAGUUGGCAGGGACAGUGAAGGAAAUCCUCAGAACUUGCGUUUCGGUUGCGUGUACUGUUGAUGGAAAGGAUUCGAAGGAUCUGCAACAGGAGAUUGCUGAUGGUGAUGUUGAAAUCCCUAUCGAUUGAUCAAUCUAGGGUUUUGA